AUGGCCAUUCAAUUCUUAUAUCUCUUGUCAAGACAAGGAAAGCUUAGGCUUGCGAAAUGGUACGAGACCAAAUCACAGAAGGAGAAGGCAAAGAUUACGCGAGAAGUAUCGACACUUAUUCUUAGUCGUCGACCUAAGAUGUGUAAUGUUAUAGAAUACAAGGAUAUUAAAAUCAUAUAUAAACGAUAUGCUAGUCUUUUCUUUAUAAUUGGAAUUGAGAGUGGUGAUAAUGAAUUGAUAGGGUUAGAAGUAAUUCAUAGAUUUGUUGAACAAAUGGAUAGAUUUUUCGGUAAUGUAUGUGAAUUAGAUAUAAUAUUUGGAUUUGAAAAGGCUUAUCAUAUUUUAGACGAAUUAUUGAUUGAUGGUUAUGUACAAGAGAGUUCGAAGAAGGAAAUAUUGAAGAGAGUAAAUCAACAAGACGAAUUAGAGAAUUUGGAUGAGUUUGAUAAUAUAUUAGCAUAG